GGACAGUGAACAGCAGCAGAUUUACCAUCAUUUACUGCGGUCAAUCAGUGAUGUGGCAAUGCACCCGAGCAAAUAAAAUCAACUGCAAUCGAGGAUGUCAUGGAUGCCAUGAAAAACCAAGUCGGAUGUGCGGACUGCUGCAUGUAACCACACUUCACAGCGCUCGCCCGACGGCUCCAUUUUUUCGUCUCCUGGUACUUUUAGGGCCAAUUUUCUUCCCAGUCAUUUCCCAAUCCUUUAUUUUCCUUCUUCCUCCUCUUCUCAGUGUAGGAUUCUACUAGCUAGACACACACAUCAGCCUUGAUGAAAUUGUUGCGUAUCCAGCAUUCCUAUAUGAAAAUCUCUGCUAUACCCUCUUCGGUUCCAUCUCAAAUCUAUUCGAUGUCUAUCGGUAUUCGAUGGGUU